CUAUUUUUAAUAUUAAUGUUUGUAGAUUUUCCCACUUUCAAGAAUUUGAAAUAUUUAGGAAUUUAUAAUACUAGUCUUGGGAAGCUCAGUGGAACAUUUCUAGAGCAAGGAAUUUGUAAAUCACUUCAACUCCAGAGGUUAUACAUUACAGACAGUGAUUUGAGGGGUAACUUGCCUUGGUGCCUUGCGAACUUGACUUCCCUUGAAGUAUUUGAUAUCUCAUCAAAUCAAUUUACCGGAGACAUAUCCUCCUCUCCUCUCAAGGUGCUAACAUCCAUCCAAGACUUAAAACUUUCAUACAAUCAUUUCCAAAUUCCAAUUUCCCUCGAACCAUUUUUUAACCACUCAAAACUCAAGGCCUUCUAUGGUGAGAAUAAUGAACUAUAUGUAGGAACUGAGUCGCAAUAUCUGACCCCAAAAUUUCAAUUAAAUCACAUCAUAUUACCUGCAUAUGGAUAUAAUAGUUCAUUGCCCAGAUUCUUCUACAGUCAAUAUGACUUACUAGAAGUUGAUCUGUCCAACCUUAAUUUGAAGGGAAAGUUUCCAGUUUGGUUAUUAAAUAAUAAUACCAAUCUAGAAAAACUUUAUUUGGCGAAUAAUUCUCUUUCAGGAUCUUUACGAAUGUCAAUUCAUUCUCACAUGUCUUUGAAAGAAUUAGAUAUCUCUAUCAAUUCCUUUUAUGGGUAUAUUCCAACAAGAAUUGGAGCUUAUUUACCAAUGCUACAAACUUUAAACAUUUCUCGAAAUGCUUUAAAUGGUAGCAUUCCCUCAUCUUUUGGUGACAUGAAAUCAUUGGAAAGUUUGGACUUGUCCCAUAAUUUAUUGAUUGGGCAAAUACCUUACCAAAUAGCCAUGCAUUGUCUUUCAUUACAAUUCCUUGUAUUGUCAAAUAAUAGCUUGCAUGGUGAGAUAUUCCCAACAACUUUUAACUUGAAAAGCUUGUUAAAGUUACAACUAGAUGGCAAUAACUUCACUGGAAAAAUCCCGGAUAGCUUGUCUAAGUGCUCCUUGGAAGGGUUGUAUAUAAGUGAUAACCAUCUUGUUGGCAUGUUACCAAGGUGGUUAGGAAACAUGUCAAAUUUGAGAGAUAUUAUAAUGUCAAAUAAUCAUCUUGAAGGUCCAAUCCUAGUAGAGUUUUGUCAAUUAGAAAAGCUUGAAGUAUUAGAUCUUUCGGAGAAUAAUAUUACUGGGAGUUUACCAUUUUGCUUUCCCCCUUUAUCAAUUAAACAGGUUCAUUUAUCAAGAAAUAAGUUACAGGGACAACUAAGUAAUGGAUUCUCGAAUAGUGCUUCCUUAACGACGUUAGAUAUUGGAUAUAAUCAUUUUGGAAGCAAUAUUCCAUAUUGGAUUGAUAGGCUUUCUAAUUUGACUUAUCUUAUCUUGAGUAAUAACAAUUUUCAAGGUGAAGUGCCAAUCGACUUAUGUAAGUUAGACCAACUACGAUUGAUAGAUGUUUCUCAUAACAAUCUCUCUGGGCAUAUCCCUCAUUGCUUACAAAUCGCAGUAGUAAGGGUUACUUCUUAUUUGGCUCCAACUUUGUCACCUGUUGUUGCUGGGUCUCCAAUUGAACCUCCAAUGAGAAAGGAAGAAACUAUAGAGUUUACAACGAAGAACAAUUCCUACUCUUACCAAGGACGAAUCUUGUCUUACAUGUUUGGCAUUGAUUUUUCUUGCAAUAAGUUUGUUGGUGCGAUUCCUUAUCAAAUGGGAAAUCUUGUUGGAAUCCAUGCACUUAAUCUCUCUCACAACAAUUUGACAGGACCAAUCCCAUCAACGUUUUCAAAUCUCAAGCAGAUUGAGAGUUUGGAUCUUUCAUAUAACAAUUUGAUUGGAAAAAUUCCUCCUCAAAUUGUUGAAUUAAAUUGUUUGGCUGUUUUUAGUGUGGCCUAUAAUAAUUUAUCUGGUCAAACCCCUCAUAGGAUUGCUCAAUUUGCGACAUUCGAAGAAGGUAGCUAUGAGGGAAAUCCACUUCUUUGUGGACAACCAUUGCCCAAACCCUGCAAUGCAAUCGAAUCACCAUCAUUGAUGCCCAAAGCUUUAAGUAAUAGUGGAGAAGACAAUAAUAUCAUUGAUAUAAGUAUCUUCUAUAUAAGUUUUGUAGUCUCUUAUAUAAUUGUUCUCUUAGCAGUUGUUACAGUUUUGUACAUAAAUCCUUAUUGGCGUCGUACAUGGUUUUAUUUUGUUGAGUUAUGCGUAACAUCUUGCUACUAUUUUAUUGUAGAUCGUCUCCCCAAGUGAUUUGGUGAUGAAAAGUUAGUUGGAUUUUAUGCACCUAUAUAUCUUGCAAAUUUGCUCUGUUUU